GUGUGGAGUCUACUUUCAAAAGGAAAGUUUCCUAUGUAGUUGUUAUUAAAGAGUGUCUAAAGGAAACUGAAAGCAAAACCGUCACCUUUGGUAUAAAAGUCCGUCCACACGCAGGAGAACAGCAGACUCCACCAUGGCUGAGCUCCCGAUGACCAUGGUGGUGUCUCUGAUUCCAGGUGAGUACCUGGGGGCUGGCUCUGGCAUCAUCUUUUCCAUUCUGAGCAACAGAGUGGUGGUGAGACAGGAGCUCCUUCAGGAAGUGAUGGGGAGCUGCCACCAUAGGGUCUACAACCUCUUGGACUACAAGUGCAGACCACGGCCUUUGAAGCUGAUCACCUACUCUGCGAAGGAGAAGAUUGGUCAGGAGAUGAAGUACAGUGUUCUGGGCAGGAGCUCUGAGGACUUUGUCACCAACCUGAGAUAUGGCGAGCCCAACAGCAGGCAGGUGGCAUAUGCCCUGACUGGAGGAGGGGCGACCCUGGCAAUGAGCCUUCUAGGCAUUGUUGGAUACUUUCUUUUGAAGAGCUAAUCCCCAAACCAGUGACAGCCUGAAGGAACCCCAAAUCCUGCAGCUGCAGAGACCAGUGCAGACACCCCAGGGCUCCGCUGUCUGCGAGACCCUCGCCCUCGGGCCACCUAGGUUCUGUCUCUCCCUUUCCCUUUCUCACUGGCUGAAGGAUGGGCUAAUUGUACCAAGACCAAAGAAUCAGUAAGUGUAUCUUCAGGAAGGACUUCCACCGUAGUUUUCUAGACCUCUGAACCAGAAAGGAAGAAAGGAACAUUAAUUUGGCACCUGUUGGGUUCUCCUAGCAAUUUCUAGCUGAGUGACCUUGGGAAAAGCUCUUGACUCUCAGAGCUUGGGUCCCACCUUCUCUGGGAUGGGGGUAAUGAUCCACUUCCCACUGAUGUUGUCAGGAUUAAGUAAGGUCAUGUGGAGAAGUCACCCCCCAUGAUGUCUGGUGCAUAGCUAGUAUUCCAUGGAUUGUCUACAUCCUUCCACCAAGACUCACCAUUGUUGUCAUGACACAUCAUUCAUUUUACUGUUGGGGUGCCAAAAAAAAUCCAGACCCAACCACUGAAUUCUGUCCCACUGUAGCCACACCACCUGGUGCUUGAACCCUGUGACUCUGCGUACGCAGUUCCCAACGUCUUCCCAAGCACCUCCUUCGCUCAGCCCUCUUUUAGCUUUCUUUGUCAACUCCAAGUCUGGUGCUCAUCGUCUGUGACUACCAGAUGGAAGUAUAUGCACUUUCCCUGCCUAAAUUGCCAGGGUUCAAGCUGCCCCUAGGUUGAAUGCUGAACAUUAGCCACCUUGACUUUUAGGGCAGUGAAAUACUGUGCAUGAGGCUCUAAUGAUGGGUACGUGUCAUUACACAUUUGUCCAGACCCACAGAAUAUCCAACACUGAAAGUGGACCCAAAAGUGAACUGUGGACUUUGGGGCAUUAUGAUGUGUCCGUGUGGGGUCAUCAAUUGUAACAACAAUGGAUCCUCUGCUGAGGGAUGUUGAUAGUGGGGGAGGCUGUGCAUGGGGCGAGCAAGGGGUGUCCGGGAACUCUCUGUACCUUCCUCCCAAUUGUGCUGGGAAGCUAAAAUGGCUCUAAAAGAUAAAGUCUUUUGAAAAAAUUA